AUGCCUCAACUUUGGCAGGUCAUUGCGCCCGCUCGUCAGGAGACGACAGGGAUGAUAGGCGAGUUGAUGGAUGCAUUGCUUUCGAGCAGUGCCGCCGGUCUAGUUUCUCUUUUGGCCGUUCCAUUGUGCACUUAUCGACAGCGAUAUGACGGGCUAUUGCCGGGCGAAAAUGUCGAAGACAACGAGGACGACGAUUUCGUGUGUGCGAAACGAACACGAGUCAACGAUCUGUCGCAGAACCACUCAAGUAAAGCUGCCAGAAUCGAGAUUCAUGAUACGAAUGCUGCGAGUCUAGAGGGACCUAAAACCAUUCUUCAUUUGCAGUCUACUAUCCACCACCUGAUCUUCGCAAAUCUUCAAGACGUGGAAGAUGUCUUGCGAUUCAGUCUUGCAAAUAGGUACUUCUGGGCCGUUGGUCUCUUGCACAUUGAGACGCAUAUCAUGAAGUCCCUUGCGCCAUGGGCAGGCGAGCCAAUUGUCUGCGUUAGUGAAAAGACUGACCCAAGGGAUCUUCCACCGAAUGUGCUCAACGCAGUCCCGACUCCAACGCCCAACGAGCAAAUCUCGCAUCCACCAACCCCAUGGUCCAACUACGCGAAGAACAGCGGUCCUGCACUUUCCCAGAGACUACAAGAAUGGUUUCUCGACUACGAAGCCCACCACCCUAUGGGCUCUGCUCAUCGUACAGAAAUUCUCACGGGUCUGAAACCUGAGAUCCUCGCCUUCUAUCCCCAAGACCAGGAAUGGAUCCUACGAAACCUGUCCACCUGCGAAUACGUCCGCGGCGAGGUCAUCGCAUUAAAGCAAGAAUUCAUCCACGGGCCGCAGAUGGAAAUCUUGGGAUUUUCUGAGAUUCUGAUAGCGCGGAUCUGUUGGUCCUCGGAACCAGAGAAGUUAGGCGUGUACAAGAAUGUCAACCGGGGUAAAUGGGCCGGGCACCGCUUUGAUAUUGCGCCGUUAGCAUGGCUGGAGGACGAUUGUGGUGGGGAGGUUUGGAACGAUGUGAGUAAUGAGAUAUUGCGGGAAAUUGAUCUCCUUAUUGGUGGGCAGCUUGGUGAUGACUGGCGGGAUCAAAUGGCGAGGAGUUAUCGCAAGUUUGCGACGCUGGAUACUGUUGAGACUUUGGAUGUUCUUUAA